AUGGACUCAGGCGAGAUCCGGUAUCUCUUCAAAGAGACACGCUUAAACCUCGAACCCCCUGCGCCCUCGUCUGUUGUCAACAUCCGAGUGUCCUCCAAGGCUGCCACCAGCCGCAACCAACGACGCAUCACUGAUGACACACCUAUCGACGAUGAGACGACUUUCCGAUCCAAGAAUCUCGCUGUGACAGCAUCCAUCUAUCAUCGAAAAUGGCAUCACACUCCGCGUAGUCUUCUGUGGCGAGUCCUGGAGGAUGAUACGGUGUUGAGCAUCCGCGCUGUCGAUGUUUGCAUGGAAGAAAAAUCGCCCGACUCGCCUCUGAUCCUGAAUUUCAACUUUGAUGUGCCUUUAAUGACCGGCUGUGUGGCCUUUUCCGAUCCGGAGGAGCACGAUGCGCUUUGUGUAUUUGUUUUGGACCAAACGUCGCAACUGUAUACGUUUACGUUGCGACCCGAGUUCUUCAGAAAGAGGGCCGCAAUCGAUGCAGUGCUGCCUGAGUUAUGCAAGGUCCAUUCACCUGCUGGGCUUAGCUUCAAGAGCCCGCAUCGACUGGUCGCUGUGACGGCCGACAUUCUGCUUAUAACAGCCAGUGAUGGAGGUAUGAUCCGCUUGGACAAGGCAAAGAAUGAUGACUCAUCUCCCGGCGGGUGGAAAGAGUCUUUCUUUAACGUGCAAGGCUGGGCCCAGAACCUGCGCAGUCUACUACCGUUUCAGGGAAACCAUACAAUCAAAUACGGCAAGGUGAACAUGGAAUACAGCGCCGCCGCUUCCGUUGAAGUCACCGACUUUGGGCUGGAGGGCUGCCUGUUCGCCGUAACUGUCUGCUUAGACCACCGAAUUCGCAUAUGGAACGUGGACAAUGGCCAGAUUCUCUACACCGGCGACCUGUUGAAAGUUGAAAGGGCGGCCCAAGACACGGGGAAGUGGUUAAUUGAUCCUUCGCAGUCACGACUGGUUCAGAUUGUUGGUAGAAGUAGAGGGCAAAGAAUAUGCGCAACCUAUUCACCUAUUGGUCCGGGCGAGUUCAAAUUCUGGCAAGUGAUAGCCAAGGAUGCCCAUACUGUCCUUGUGGAUGACUUAUUCCCAAAAACCGCAUUGAUACCAUUGCCUCCUUCGCUAUCAGAUAUUUGGACACUGGCCGACUUCAUUGUUACAUCACCAACGGAGGGUCCGAUCAACUUAUGGACCCUGUGGAAGAACAACUUGACCUACAGGGUCCAAAGACUAGAGCUGGACCGCAAGAACAUGACGGAGUCGUGGGAGAAAAACUGGGACGGAGUAUGUCCUAGCUCGGGAGUCUCCCCAGUACAAAGUUCCGGUCCUUGCGACUUCACAGACGUCACGGAGAAGUGGAGCAGUUAUAUCUUGCAACCUGGACGAUUCACAAAAGCGACACUGGAAACCGCUCUCUCGAUAUACGAACGCGGUCUCGGGGCGCCAAAGGAGGGCGCCAAAGGCCGCGGUCUCGCCGAAUCCAUCUGUUCGGUGCUGGGAGCCACUGCGUCCUUGGACAGAGGCUCGUCCGGGGCCAUGGAUUAUGAGCAGUUUAGAGGGUCAAACGAAACCCAAUGGCGUCGAUUUUUCAGACUGCUCACAGAGCUCGAUCGCCAACGCGAAGAGGCUAUCGGACUGGCCUUUGACUCGGAAACGGACAUGGCAUGGGUCGUUUGCACCGAUCUCGUUUCUGCCGUCAGGCGAUGUAGUGACUUGGAACAGCUGUACCACAAUCAAUCUUUGGCAGACGACGAAGAUGCGCAACAAGCAGCCCUCGUGAGCUCUGCGUUGUCGUUUGUGGAAGGACUUUCCGACAAUUAUAUCCAACUGGCACAAGCUGCUCUAAGACACGAGAUGUUCGAAGAGUCAACCAAGACGGAUCUUGAGCGCAUCCAGUACUUCUCGGACAAGGCAGGCUUCUGGCGCGGUAUCACGGAUGACGAUUGCACCCAGGUAGUCGAAGUGCUGGGCACAAAUUUUGCCCUCGUCACCGACACCUUGUACUCGCACCUUCUAGACCUCAUUGCAGCGCCGGCCGGAGCCACGAGAAGACAUCUUCGUUAUCCUUUGACCGAGUUUGGCCAGAAAUUGAUCAUCAAAGGAGUCCAAGACGACAUAGAGCUCCAAUGGAACAUAUGUUUCAGCCAGCUAAUCCUGCUGGUGCACAUGGAGUUUGAGUUUGACAACGAGGAGGACGCUCUGCAUAACAGACUCGACGUCGGGUCCGUUUUCAGGAAGCUACUAGGCGCCUUGAAGAGAUUGGAGCUUCUUAAGUGGCUUGCCCGCACCGAGCUCUCUGUCCCUGUUUCUCAAACUGAUCGGACAUUGCCACUGACGAAAAAGGGCAGUGUUGAUUCGCAGACAGUGACGGCUUUGACAACCAACCUAGGCCAUCUUCUCGGCUUCAGCGACAAAAACGAGCCUCUCUCUAGUGGCAUCACUGAUCUCAUAUCCAACCUUUGCGCCCCCGACAGCGACGUUGAAGUUUCACCCGCGCUCAUCCAGUGUGCGCUUAUCAAGCAAGGACGGGCCGAUCUUGCACUGGAAGUCAUCCCUUUCGGUGACCAGAAUCCCUUUUCAGUUUACGUUCUCGGACGUGUCCAUCUAGCGUUGAAUGACCUUGAAUCAGCGGCCAUGAGUUUCAGGAAAGCCGCGAUCGGAAUGGGCACAGAAAACGUACCAAGCGACAGGCACAGCUGCGGCCUUUUAGGAGAGGCCGAGUGGAAUCUGCUCAACCGUGGACAAGCGAUGUACUACUCCCACGUCGUAGCCCUCUACGAGUCGCAUAAAGCGUACUCAUACGUCGUGGACUUUGCCAGAUUAGCCACACAGUUCCUCGGCACGUCUAAAGAGACGUCAGCGACGAAGGUCGAGAUGCUAAGCCGCUUGUUCAACGCUGCCUUGGCCACCUGCCAGUUCGAGCUGGCCCAUACCAGCCUGCUGCUGAUCCAAGACGACGCCCUGAGGCGCUCGGGUCUUCGGAAGCUUGUCGACAAAAUGUGCGAAACUCGACACAACAUCGAACUGGUCUCGCUACCUUUCCCCGGGAUGCAGCAAGACGUCGACGACAUCCUGGCCUCGCAUUGCCGCAACGCCACGGACGUGACGGCCGGAUUUCCUUACCAUCAGGUGCUCUAUUCGUGGCGCAUCAAGCGAAACAAUUACCGAGGGGCCGCGUCGGUUCUCCUGGAUCGGAUCCAGAAACUGCAACUCACGGGAGAAGGCGACAGGCCCGUCGGCGACGAUAUCCUGGACACCUCCAUCACUCAGCAGUACCUGGUGCUCAUCAACGCGCUCAGUUGCGUGGAUCCCAAGCAAGCGUGGAUAUUCGACGAAGGCUCACCAGCACUUGACCGAAACGGACUUGGCGGAAGCAAGCGCAAAGUGGUGUCGCUUGGUGACAUCCGCAAACAGUAUCAGGAUGAACUGGACAGGAUUGCGGCAAUUCAUAACAACCAGUUCGGGUUUGAGGCAAGCGACGUGAUGGAACUGUAG